AUGAAGGGUGUUAUUUACGUGAUCUUAAAGGCUAAAACGUCUGGUGACAUCCCUGCAAAUUGUUGCUUUCACUCGUGUUGUUGCUGCUGCUGUUUUAAGUAAUUUACGCUCAUCGCACCCCUUAUAAACAGAGGGUUUUUAGAAAUAUUAUAUUAUACUAUAAUGAUUAAGGCUUGUUAGGCUAAACUUUGAGGAUCUAGGCGCUCAUUUAAGCAGACCCACUUAAUCCUUGAGCGUAUGAAGAGUGUUUCCUAGUCUCGUACCCAGAUCUCACUCUGUCUUACGCUUUUUGGCCGCGGGAGAUCUGAGUACAAGAUUAGGUGUUUCCUAUACGAUCUGAAAAGCCAAAAAUUCUCACUAGUAAUUUCCCUGCUAAGUGUUGCCGUUUUCACUCUAGCUGUUUCUGCUACUGUUUACUAUUUGUUGUAGUCUAUACAUACCCCACCACACCUCUCACGAAGAGCUAGAAGGUGUUAAGUUUAUUUCCUCCCUGCAUACAAUGCAGCCUCGUUGCCAGGGCUUUUCCUCUUAGAAAAUGAGAGGUCUCCCCCCGCCCCCUCUACCGUCCUUCCUAUCUUCUUAGGGAAACAGCUCAGGACAUGAGGUUGCAUACAAUAGAACUCCUGAAUCACCCCGAACGAUUGGGUCAUGGGUAAACAUGUAGGGGCCAGUUAUUUAAACGGAGUUUAGCCAAUGUUCAACGAAACCGCGUUCUAAGCCAUUUUCAGUUUGACGAACGCUUUUCUGUAAACAACAUUUAUUGUGAACAAUUUCAUGAAGCAUAUGGCGUAGACUAGAAAAGCAUUUGUUCUCUUAAAAUAACCUACUGAAGAGGAGAUUCUGGAGGUCCAAAGAUUUCCUAUAUCGCGGUCUUACUUAGAUUUCGUUUAAAUAACCGAACCGUAGAGUCUCAUAAUUUCUAGGCUUAUCAUUCUGUGGGAUAUCACUUGUAUAAAGUAAAUCAAUUACAUAUACCUAAUACAAUUAAGGUUGCUUUGGCAAUAGGGCAUUGGGCGUUUGCGCAUACAGAACAAUACGAUGAUUUGCGUGAGUGACCACAAAACAAUACAUUCCCAGUGCCCAAUUACCAAUACCCAAAGCAAUCUUUAUUGAAUCAGCUAGACGGUCACCAAUGGGCCAAAAAAAUUGGCCGUGUUAAUGGGUGACCGUAUUAAAGAGGGUUUUUUACAGGAAAAUGUAUGGCCGUUUUGACGGGCGGCCAAAAAAGAGUGGUGGUGAUAACGAGAUGACCGUGUUACCGAGGUGGCCGUAAGGGAGUUUCCCACUGUAUAUCUGUCCAGUUUAGGUGACAGAUCUUUUUGUUUCGUCGCUUAUAACGCUUUUAUGGAAAUUAAAGCACAAACAUCGCAGCUCUGGUGGAUUUAUGGGCAAAGGUUUAUUAGCAUUGCAAAUUUUCAAUUUUUCCUUUAUGGGGCGUUCUGCACCUAUUUGAAAGAUUGUUUGAGAUUGGCUGGGAAAACAAUGGAGAUGGUGACAUAACAAUGCCCCUAUCCCUUAAAACAAUGGAUAGUGCAGAUUAAAGAGGACUAAUGAAAUAAGACGUUUAGAACGGUGCAGGUCAACCGCCUUUUACAACAGCGAUAUUUCUAGUUGUAAACAUUGUCUUUGUGAUUCAAAUGUACCAACCACUGAAACAAAAAUACCCAUUGUUUCAAAGAGCAAAUGAAGCCCUGGUUGACUAAUAAUUAUCGAUAGGUGACGUAACGCAAUAUAUCGCUCUAACCUUGAUUAUCACACGAACCUCUAAUGCGAAUAGCUAGGUUGAAAGCGCUUCCAGGCUUCCUGACGAUAACAACUUUACCGGUAAGCAAAUGUCAAAAAUUUCUUUGCAAAGCUUAGAACGAAGCCACAUUUUUAGCCGCCUACCUGCCAAACCAAGUAACGACCCCCCAUAACCAAAGAAAACGUUAGUCAUGCGGCUCGUAAAUGUGCCCUUUUGCGAUAAUGCAAAUAAUGCUUUGCCAUCGUUGCCCGACUACAACGUGAAAAUGCCUGAAUUCACGUUUUGUCGAGUACGGGAACACAAGACAACAACUUUCUUUUCUUGUCCUGAACUUUGAUAUAAUCCUUCAGAAUUCAACUCCAAAAACAUUUGCCAACAUUUGACGAAGUAAACGAGAUGGAAUGAGCGCGAUAAAGUUUGAAGCGGUGAGAAUUCACUUUUUAAGAGACGUUUUUGUAGCCGUCGCCGUCUUUGUUGCUUAAGCUCCCUAAUGUUGGCUUAGGGGAGGGGUAGGUGGGUAGAUUCAGGUAGAAGUAGUUGCCUGAGCUAACAACCACCUCGCUUCCAGGGCUUUUCCCCGACCUCGUUCCCAGGGUUCUAUCUUUCCCGUCCCCACGGAGCGAGAGUAGGAGAGAGAACCUGGGAACGAGUCGAGAUUUUCCUUUCGGAAAUUGGAAGGGGCCUGGUGAUGAAUAGUCUGCUACACAGCCGUUUUUAGUGUCGUCACGGUUGCGUGACGACACUAAAAACGACUGUGUAGCAGACUAGGUGAUGAAGUAUCGGGAUUUGAAGAGUCGUAAAAAUGAUGUCCAGGGGCAUAUAGUUCAACAUUUGUUGACCAACAGGUGUGACAGCAUUCGUUGUUCAAGAGAUAACAACGUUAAGUAAAAUCCAACUAGUGGUCUAUUAUCAAUGCUGCGUUCUGAUCGGUUCAGCUACUACUAGGCUAUAUGUUAUAGCCCACCAGUAGCGAAAAGUGCCGGGCUUUGAAAACCAAAACAGUGGUGGCUAAAUCGCGUUUUGCUAGCUAAAGUUGUUUUGUCUCGAUAUUUUUGACCAACUAGUUGGAUUUUACUAAAACAAUUAUUCCUCUCGCCCUCAUGGCCUCCGAGUCAAUAGGGUUGGGAGUUUACUGGUUGAAGUAUAUGAAGGGGUAGGGAAAUUUGUCAUUUGGGUCUGUGUUAGGGCUCAAAGGGCCGAACGGAUGAAUUUUAUGGCUUUAUAAAGUCGGGAAAAUGUUCUUUUUUUUUAUUGAUUCCUAUUUAAAUGACAAAGCAUUUACAGCAAUUCAAAGAAAUGCAAAGUUCUAAACAAGGUAUGUGAAAGAUUACCAUUUGUCAAUAGAAGGUAUACGAAAGGGAUACCUUUUUCGUGAAAAAUGGUUUAUAUAAAAGGGUAAGGGGUUGGACCUCCAGGCGGAGCCUCCCCGUAUAAACAUUUGUUGAGUACCCCCUCCCCCCCUCCCCCGGGCGGGGAAGCAGUUUCUUCUUUGGCCCAAACGAGUAUGUGGCGCUGAACAGUCUGAAUCAUAGUUAAAGCCGUAUCAUUUUUACGGCUUUAGGUUUUCUUCAUUAUGCCAGGCCGUUAAUUGCAAGGCACAAACUAUAUAACAUGUCCUGUAUCUGAAGGUAAUAUCAAAAACAUCUCAGAUGUUUUGGACAUCUGUGUAAAUGUUUAUUCGGUGGGUAGAGGGAAGAAACAGUUUCAAUUCAAUCUGGCAUAACUAAGGAGCUAAAAUACUUCCAGCCGGGCAUAAUUUUUCCAACAAUAUCUUGGUUUCAAUAUGGCAUAAUACUUGAUUUCACGAGCAGAUUCCACCAGCUUGUAUUCAUCAUCAUUAUUAUCAAUAAUAAUUAACGGAUCAUAAAAAUUACGCGAAUUAAAUUCAAGUCGCGUUUAUUCUUGUAAACACUCAUUUCUUCGCCGUUAAUUAAGUGGAGCGUUAAUUUCUGCGAUCUGAAUUUCCAUUGUUUUUUUUGGGAAGAAACUCUCGAUACACUUUGUUGACACCUACGAAAGAGGAGUACUUUAUCAGGGUGGAGCUCCGCCAGUAUCAUUAGAAUUGUGAAGAACCCUCGCAGUGGCCAGAUUUCUUGACUUUUCCCUUGACUGCCGUUUAGGGAAAGAAAGUAAUAAUAAAAAGUUUCUAUUAUGCGUUUAACAAUUGCUCCUGUUGUCUCAACACGUUUUGUUUGUUUCAGGGGCACCCAACGAGAAUAUAGUUCAAAACCACUUAAACAUAGCAUUGUUACACGUAUUUUAGUAUUUAAACGGCAGACAUAGGCGCGCAUAUUUUUAUCCCCUAAAAAUUUUUCAUCUGUUCGGAUUUCCUAGCUGAAAGUCUGAUGAUCCGAAAAUUAUAGGAAUCCAAACUUACCUUUUCGAAAAUUUCAGCCUGAAAAAAAAACUCCCGAAAAUUCUAGGUGACCUUUUCAGGGUAAAAAUCCGUUAAAAAUGGGCAAUUAUACCAUAUGUAAGAUGUUCGAAAAUCCUAGGAGAAGCAGGCAAGCAAGAAAUUUUACAAAAAAUGUUCCGAAAAUUCUAGAUCUCAAAUCGUCGUCCGAACUGAUAUUUUCCGAAAAUUGACUUUGGGUGCCCCUGUUUGUUUGUGAGCGUCGCGUUGAUUUCCUUCAUUUUGAAAUGUUACCCUCUCAUAUCAGUUUCGCGUUAAUUUUCUCAAUGCGUUUUGUACCUAUUAUAUUAGUCGACGUGGACAGGAAAAGAGAACGAAGACAAUUAAAGUUGUCUGAGGUUUGCGAACCUGUUGUGGUUCGCGUGAUCGCGUGAGGCAGUUUUUAUUGCGUGACUAUUGUUCAUUAUGGGAUGUUUAAACAGGGCUAUUUUUGUUUACAAUUAACAGAAACAUUCCUCUUUUGUUUUUGAAGAGAGGAAUUAAGCGUAAACAAAAAAUAUCAGAAUGACUGAACAACCAUUUAGCGUUGAAAAGGUGCAUGAUGGCGUGUUCAUGUUACGUGAGGUGUUCUACGAGUCGCUCAACCAAGCCAACAUCUGGCUCGUGCAAGGUUCGUCCUCUGAUUUAGUUAUCGACACUGGUAUCGGUUUGUGGGACUUGCCAGGCUUUCUGCGACAACAAGGUUUGAUUGGCGAGAAACCAGUCCAAGCAGUUGCCACCCACAUGCACUACGAUCACUCGGGAGGACUACAUCAGUUUGAAAAGUUCUCUAUUCACAGCCUCGAGGCGGACGCGAUACGCAACGGUAACCAAUACGACAUAGCAAGGGUAUUCUUGAAGGGAGAUGUCAUUGCUGUACCCCCGAGCGAAGGAUGGAAAAUUUCCGACUACCGUGUUAAAGCCGCCGAGCCGUCGACUGUUUUGGAGGAAGGACACGUUUUUGAUCUUGGCGAUCGAAGCUUGCGUGUUUUACACUUCCCCGGUCAUACUCCAGGGAGCAUUGGUAUGAUCGACGAGAGGGCGAGGAUCCUUUUCAGUGGUGACACAGUAUACUAUCCAGGGCCUUUGAUUGAUUGGUUACCGCAGAGUGAUGUGAACGCGUACAUUCAGACCUUCAAAAGACUGCAAGACCUUUCCAACCAUGUGGAUAUCGUCUUUUCGGGACAUGGUGAUCCUUUUGACAGCAAAAGGCUACAUCAGUUAGCAUCAGAUUACGUCUCCAGGGCUGGAGCAUGUCAUAAAAUUUUCACAACUUUUAUGAAGGGCGUUUCCUUUAUGAUCUUAAAAGCCAAAAAUUCUGGUAAUAUUCCUGCUAAGUGCUUUUUUCAUUCUUGUUGCUGCUGCUGCUGUUUGGUGUAAUCUACCCCCCGCCAUAUAUCAUGAACUAUUGAAUUCAAGAGUUAAAGAAUAUAUCAUUUUUGUAUUAUCAAAAUGCCAGUAUUGAGACUUCUCGUUUAAAAACAGUUUUUUAAAGAGGUACCAUUUUUCAAUGAAAGGUAUACGAAAAGGGUGUUUUUACUAUCAGAAAUCGUCAAUGCUCUUUUACCUUCAAAGGCAAGUUUUUUUGUUCUCAUUGUAAUAUCUAUAAAUAAAUAAAUAAAUAAAUAAAUUGGUUUAUUGCUACCUUUUGCAGUGAGAACUGAAUUACAGGUAGGGUCAGAAAUAACGGGAAUCUAAGGUAAUAAAUAAUACAAAAUAAGUAUGUAAGGCGCUUAGGAAUCUAAAUAGGUGGCAUAUUUGCACGUUACAAACUGUGCAAAACGGUCGGUGUUGGUUUGUUUGGUUACAAUGUUGGUAUUCCGUCUAAGAUUGUACGGGGAUUCCCUAGGCUGGGACCUACUUAAAAUAAGCGCAUACAAAGGGUUGCCAGGAGAAAUUUUUGAGAUAAACCUUAUACAUGCACUUUCCCUGCACUCUUGUAAGGAAGGCAGACCAGUCAGAUGCAAUGCAUGACUAUAUGGCAUAGAAGGUACUAUAAUGCCUAGCGCACUCUUCUGAAUAUUCUCUAAGGCAUUAGACAAAUACUGAGGUAAGUUGGCAAAUACAAUACUCGCGUACUAUAUAAGGGUCCUUUCUUAUUGCUUGUAGCGUUCUAGCUAUAAAUUCCCUAUAUAGUGGGAAGGAUGUCGAAUAGGGUCCAAUAAUCCGCUAAUGUGAGGGCUAGGCUGUACGCGGUAAAUGUAAAAAUGUAAAUGUUUAUCGAGAUACGGGAUAAUAAUUACGGGAACACGAUCUUAGGGAUACAGGACCUUGGGUUUGAAUAUCUCAAUCCGUGUAAACUUCGAGUCUGCAUCAUAGCUGUUUCCCGGAGGUACUUCCUUAUAAGAGGCUAAUUGGGAUGUACCGCUAGAUGGGGUCGCAUUUUGACUGGAUUGACUAUAAUAAGGCUGAAUUUUCAAUAGAGUUCAGUUACUACAAUGGGGUCGCACCCGGAUUUUGGGGGGUAACACAGUACUCCAUAUUUACGGUUAGCAAACGUACCAGAAAGUUCGUACUGUAGGUGAAAAUUAACGUGUUCUUCAUUCAGUUUAAAAAAUCGGUCAAUUCAUAAAAAUAGAAAGUGAGUAAGUUGGGAUCGCGAAAAUUACAUAUUUGCCCAUGCAAAAGUGACUAAGAUUGGGUCUAUAAUUGGCCACAGAAUAGACUAUAACGGGGUAGGGGCUCUGAGAGGCUAGCGGCACAUACCCAGCAAAAAUUUACCCAAGUAUCCCCUCCCCGGGAGCCGUUUGCUUCUUCCUCGACGGAGUUUCAGGAUACGGGAGGGAUCUAUAUUCUACAGUUAUUCAUCAAAUAGUAGUUAUCAUCUGUUGCGUUUUAUAUUGCUUCUCUUGGUAUGUUUUAAUUUUGGGCAGCAGUUGGGCUAUUUCUUCCUCGUAUAAUGUGUAAAAUCUACCACCAUUUCAAGGCUCCAGCUCUACCAAAAACAAAAAUGUCCCUUUUUCUAUCGCGUAUCAGAACAAUUGACGUCAACUGAUCUGAUAUCAGCAGACAUCAUCCAAAGUUGGUCACCGCUUGCUGGUUCUGAAGAGUUAGCAGAGGGAUUUAUGCCAAUCAGAAACUGAGAAAUAUUUUGAAUUAAUAAGUAACAAAGUAAGUAAUUAACCCCAUUGAUUAUUGCCGAUUAAAGCCGUUGAAAUCCGUAUUUCCUCUGGUAUGUCCUGGUCUGUCUAUCCUUGUUUGUUAUUUUUGACAGUUUCUAUCUUGCUAUCCAAUAUCUACUCAAAGUCCUCGUGGACUGGAAGAGAGACCAAUGUUGUCAGCUACUUAAAUCUUGGACGGAAUAAAAUGGAACAGCAAACCCCAUCCCCAAAAAAUGUUUUAGGGAUAGAGUCAUUGUUAUAUUUCCAUGUCUGUUGUUUUCACAUGCCAAUCUUGUGAGGCCUUGUAAAGAGCUGUGUUCCACCCCAAAACGCGCCAUUUUCCCAUCCUUGAUUAGGGGGGGGGGGGUAUAAAUUUCCCAUCUCUUUUGUCCAAAAUUGUAUGGAAGCUGUCAAGGUCACGAAAUAGUGGUCAAGAACUCGGAAUUGAUCUUUAAAGACUCAUACAUUAGGAGCAGGUCAUUGUUAACUUAACUUCUCAUGACUUCUCACAGGAAUAAAAUAUAGAAUGAUAGCAUAGUGCCAAAAUGUUAUGCUUCUAUGCAUGCUUCUGUCACCUAGCGAUUAUACUUGUUUUAAGUAGUGCACUUAUCAGGGGGCACCCAACGACAAUUUUCGGAAAAUAUCCGCUGUUCGGAAGACGAUUUGAGAUCUAGAAUUUUCGGAACAUUUUUUCCAAAAUUUCUUGCUUGUCUGCCUCUCCUAGGAUUUUCGAACAUCUAAACAAUGGUAUAAUUGCCCAUUUUUAACGGAUUUUUACCUCAAAAAGGUCUUUUUUCUGGCUGAAAUUAUCGAAAAUGUAAGUUUUGAUCCCUAUAAUUUUCGAAUCACUAGACUUUCAGCUAGGAAAUCCGAACAGAUGAAAAAUUUUUAGGGAUAAAAAUAUGCCUAUACCUACCAUUGUUAAAUACGUUUAACAAUGCUAUGUUCAAGUGGUUUUGAACUAUAUUCUCGUUGGGUGCCCCUGACUUAUUGCUCUAGCCUUGUGUUCAAAUUUGUUCCAUGUUAAAUAAUCACCAAGCUUUAAUUAAUUAUAACAAAAUUCCCUUGUUUUUCCAUGAAAAUUCAGCAUAAGAGAAGUGGUCUUCCCGCCCCUCGACUGUGCAAAUCAGAAUAAUAUCAUUAUUGUAAAGUAGAGAUGUUGAUAUUCCCACCAGUAUCACCAGUGAUGACAGAAAUGACUGUCAUGGUGUAGAGCUAAUCAUGAGCUUACGCAACAGGACGGCAAAAAGAGGAGGAGGGCAAAACGCUUGUGUGUGACAAACUUGACACCGCUAUUAUUUGCAUGUUUCGUCGUGAUCUUUACCUAAAAUCACCGUUUUCUGGUUUUUUACAAAAAGACCUGUUUAAAGGAAGGUUAAGUUUGGCGGAAAGUUUUUUCAAACAAGAUUAUUGUCACGCUUGUCACACAAGGUUUGCCGUCUUCUUUCCUCUGCCGUCCUUUUGCGUAAGAUCGCUAAUAAUACACCAAAAUCGGCUGUUGCACACCUCCCAUUGAUAAAACCCCAGGUGUUGUCAUUGAAAUAAAAGUGAAUGAGCCUAAUAGCUAGGCCCCAUCUCUUUGUUUCCGGUUAACAACGUUCAACGUGAUAUAUGUUCAACAAGGCAUCACACACUGUUAAACAAGACUGAGCUGUAAAAUUUCUUGCUUUGUCGAUCAACAGAUGUUGAACAGUGUGUCAUGGCCUAAAGCUUGUAUUCCGUAUUUCCGGGUGUGUUUUUUCUUUCUUUGCUGUUUGUCUUUGUACUUUUUAUCUUGUUGUCUAACUUCUCGUGGACUGGAAAACUUCGCGUGAUCGCGUGAUUGGGUGAUCGCGUGAUCCGGUUUUUAUUGUGUGACUGUUAUGCAUUAUGGGAUCGAUUAAGUAGUAGUUUGUUUACAAUCAGAGCACCAGAACAUUCUAGUUUUACAGUUGCUUUUAAAAACGAGAAUGAGUCAAGAACAACUGCAAAUAGAUGAAAAACCAUUCAGCGUUGAAAAGGUACAUGACGGCGUGUUUAUGUUACGUGAAGUGUUCUACGAGUCGCAUUAUAACCAACCCAACAUAUGGCUCGUACAAGGUUCGUUUUCGGAUUUGGUUAUCGACACUGGUCUCGGUUUGUGGGACUUGCCAGGCUUUCUGCGACAACAGGGUCUGAUUGGUGAGAAACCAGUCCAAGCAGUUGCCACUCACAUGCACUACGAUCACUCGGGAGGACUACACCAGUUUGAGAAGUUCGCCAUUCACAGCCUCGAGGCGGACGCGAUACGCAACGGUAACCAAUACGACAUAGCCAGGGUUUUCCUAAGGAGUGAUUCACUUGCUGUACCCCCGAGCGAAGGAUGGAAAUUUUCCGACUACCGAGUUAAAGCCGCCGAGCCGUCGACAGUCUUGGAGGAAGGACACGUUUUCGAUCUUGGCGAUCGAAGCUUGCGCGUUUUACACUUCCCCGGCCAUACUCCAGGGAGCAUUGGUUUGAUCGACGAGAAGGCGAGGAUCCUUUUCAGUGGAGAUACAGUGUACAAUCGAGGACCCCUGCUUGAUUUUUUACCCCAGAGUGAUGUGAACGCGUACGUUCGGACCUUCAGAAGAGUGCAAGACCUUUCCAAUCAUGUGGAUGUUGUCUUUCCGGGACAUGGUGAUCCUUUUGACAGCAAAAGGCUACAUGAGUUGGCAUCAGAUUACAUCUCCAAUGCCGGACCAUGUCACAAAAUUUUUACAACUCUUAUGAAGGGUUUAAUGUACAUGAUCUUAAAGGCUAAAACGUCUAGAAAUAUCCCUGCUAAUUGUUGCUUUCACGCGAGUUGUUGCUGCUGCUGUUUUAUGUAA